AUGUCGGCUCUCAGGGAUGCCAUAUCCAAAAUAAAGCAGUCCGCCUCGGAAUCUGAUCUAUUACCCCACCGCCGCUCAAAUCUCGCUUCUUUCCUCCAGGACAAAGAGUACGUCUACUCCAGUGACGAUUAUAGCGACGAUAAUAGCGGCGCCUCGAGCAAGAAUGAGCAGAAGCGCGCGGCACGACGCCAGCAAAAGGAGCAGAGCAGGUCCAGGCUCAGUGCGGAAACAAGGGAUACCUCAAUCGACACUACUCGUUCGGAUCUAAAGGCCAGCGACGCCCAUUCAGAGAACGAUGAUGACACUGCCGAGAUGAAGGCGCGGUAUGGUGACUUGCCGAUGAUGCAGUCUCGAGACCGUCCGCGGCAAAAUCUCACUAAGUUUGAGUCCAUCACGGAUGAGAUGCAAGGCAUGGAACUCGUCUUCCGUGCUCGUCUUCAUGUGGUUCGUCGCAUGGGAGCAAAGUUUGCUUUCCUUGUAUUCCGGCAGCAGCUGCAUACCUUACAAGGUGUUCUGCAAACAGCGCCUAACUUAAGAUCGGCGAACAUGAUUUACUGGGCUGAGCGCAUACCAGUUGGCUCGAUCUUGAGGGUGAAAGGUCACCUGAAGAAGCCAGAUGUACCGGUCUUUGGAACGACAAUUCAUAGCCUUGAGUUUGAAAUUGAAGAGCUCCAUGUCAUUGUGCGUAGAGAAGAACCGAUUCCAUUCAGCGUGUACGAAGCCGAACUUGCCGGUGCCCAUGAAGAACGGCUGGAGGGUAUACGCCAGAAGAUCCCCGAUCGGACCAGGCUGUCCAACCGAAUCCUUGAUCUUCGCACUGAUACAUCGCAGUCCAUCUUCAGGAUCCAAUCCGCCAUUUCUAACAUGUUUCGAUCAUGCCUUGAUACCCAUAACUUCAUUGAAAUACACACCCCCAAGCUUCAGGCAUCCGCGACAGAGUCUGGAGCCAGUGUCUUUGGCGUCAACUAUUUCAGCCGCCCUGCAUUUUUGGCCCAGAGCCCACAACUCGCAAAACAGAUGGCCAUUGCCUCGGAUUUCGAGAGAGUCUAUGAAAUUGGCGCGGUUUUUAGAGCAGAGAAUUCCAACACACAUAGACAUCUUACAGAGUAUACCGGAUUGGAUAUUGAGAUGGCUAUUGAGGAACAUUAUCAUGAAGCCUUGGAGGUUCUUGAUCAUGUACUCAAGUCUAUAUUCAAGUCCAUCUAUGAGAAAUAUCGAUUAGAGAUAGAAAUUAUCAAGCACCAUUACCCAUCCGAAGACUUGGUUUGGCUUGAUAAAACCCCCAUUAUACCAUUCGUCGAGGGUGUCAAGAUGCUUAAUGACUCUGGCUGGGUGGAUGAGAACGGCAAUAAAUUAUCUGAGACGGAGGACUUUGGGACCCGAGAUGAGAUCAGGCUGGGCGAACUAGUGAAGGCGAAGUACCAUACAGACUACUACAUCUUGGACCGUUUCCCAGCAUCCGCUCGGCCCUUCUACGCUAUGCCACACCCAGAUGAUGAUAGAUUCACACUGUCGUUUGAUAUAUUCGUUCGAGGACAGGAGAUCGUCUCUGGCGGCCAGCGUAUCCACAAUCCCGAGCUUCUGGAAAAGCGGAUGAGAGAAGUUGGCAUUGACCCAUCUUCCAUGGAAGAGUACAUGGAAGGAUUCAAAUGGGGAGCGCCUCCACAUGCCGGCGCUGGAAUCGGACUAGAGAGACUCCUAAUGCUGAUUCUCAAGUUGGGAAAUAUUCGACUGGGAUCUCUUUUCCAUCGAGACCCCAAGAGUUUCCCUUACCAUGAACAGCCCGUCACUCUCCGUCACCCUAAAGCAUCAACACUAAACCCUCCAUGGCAAGAUGAAAAUAAAACGCGCAAUUUACCAGUUGAUCCUAAUCGCCAGCUACAGUCACUGGAGGACCUUAUCGCCAAUUAUGGCGACUCAACGUCUACCUCUUGGCUUGACGACCGGUAUAAAAUAUGGCGAGACUAUGCCACAGGUGCUGCAGUUUCCUACGUCCCUUCUCAUGGAUAUGCAGUGAUCGCAGGAGAUCCACUCUGCGAUGCGUCCCAGUACCGCCGCAUAGUGAUAACUUUCCUCCAAUGGCUAAAAAAGGAGACUAACCUUAGACCAAUCUGGAUUCUUUGCUCUAUUAGUGUCGAAGAAAUCCUCGGCGAACACCUGGGCUGGCGAAGUCUUUCUUGUGUCGCUGAAGAACGAGUCGACCCCCAGCGCAACCGGGCUGCUUCAGAUGGUGAAAUAGCUCGUAAGAUCCGACGUGCUGAAAACGAAGGUAUCAGGAUUCACACCAUUACCCCCGGCGAACCCGUACCAAACGACAUUCGAGAGAAGAUAGAUGCUCGAAUCGAGGACUGGCGCAAAAACAGGAAAGGAACUCAAAUCCAUCUUUCUGAAAUCACCCCGUGGCGUGAUCACACCCAUCGUCGAUACUUCUAUGCCACCGACAGUGAAGGAACAAUCUGUUCGUUCGUUGCGCUUGCCCAACUGGCUCCUCGGAAUGGCAUGCAGGUGAAAUACAGUCUUGAUUUCCCUGGCUCCCCAUCCGGUUCCAUCGAAUAUAUCAUCACCAACGCUAUUCAAUCAGCUGCGAGCUCGGGUGUAAAAUCUCUUACUUUCGGCGGCGGUGCUAUCCCACACUUAAUUCCAGGUCACAAUUUGAGCAGUGUCAAGGCGAAAGUGCUGCAGCAUACAUAUGAUACCAUCGUCAAGCAAUUCAAGUUGACACGAAAAACUGAAUUCAGGGCCAAAUUGGGAGCUCAUGAAGAGCCUGUUUAUAUCGCCUAUCCACGUCAUGGCCUGGGAACGAAAGGGAUUAAAGCGAUUUUGAACUUCUUCGAGGACUAA